AAGUUUGAACAACAAUGGUCAAGAACGAUGAAUGCGUGAUCACCAAGGUCCCAGAAUUUAAAAACAAGAGACCGAGUCUGACUUUGUCACUUGAAAACUUUCGAAGAGCUCAAUAAGAAACCGACCCAGCACAGAUUGGAGUAAGAAGAACAACGAAAUUCGUUCUGAUAAGUUGGGGUUCAUGGAGGGAGUGAAGCUGCUCGGAGCUUGGCCUAGUCCCUUCAGUUACAGAGUCAUAUGGGCUCUCGAGCUCAAGGGAGUCAAGUAUGAGUAUGUGGAGGAAGAUCUCGGCAACAAGAGCGAUGAAUUGUUGCGGUGCAAUCCAGUUCACAAGAAGAUCCCUGUGCUCAUCCAUGGAGGGAGACCGGUUGCAGAGUCCGCUGUUAUACUGGAGUACAUCGAGGAGAGUUGGCCACAAAACCCUCUGCUUCCUCAGGAUCCUUAUGAGAAGGCCAUGGCCCGGUUCUGGAUCAAAUUCAAUGAGGACAAGACCCCGAUUUUCUUCAGAUUCUGUCGCAGCACAGGGGAGCAACAGGAGGAGGCAACAAAAGAAGCCAAGAAAGUCCUGAAAACCAUUGAAGAACAUGCUCUUAGAGAGGAGGACAAGUUCUUUGCAGGGGACAAAAUUGGCUUGCAAGAUCUGGUCUUUGGAUGGUUGGCUUGGUUGCUUCAAGCACUGGAAGAAGUGGUUGGCGUGAAAUUAUUGGAAGCCAGCGAAUAUCCUCGCCUGCACAGAUGGGUGCAGAAUUUCAGAGCUCAUGAUGUAAUUGGAAGCAACCUUCCUGAGCGUGAUGCUAUGCUCAUCUACUUUAAGCGCCUCAGGGAGACCUUCAUUGCGUCUUCUACAUCAGCAGUGUAGUCAUGUGGACUGAGUCUGGAUGACAACUUUUUACUUUUCGUGAGCAAGUUCUGCAAAUAAAUUUCCAGAGUCUCCGUGUGGAUUUAUGUUAUGAGUAGUGAUGGUCCUAAAAUGUGAUUAUACAUGCUAUUUAAAUACAGUAAGUGUAAGGCUGGUAGUCUAAAACAUGAUUGACUGGAAGAUGUGAAAUUAACAGAGAGGAGAUUGCAUAUUUGUC